AUGAACGUGGAGGAGGCUGUCUACGCAAGACGUACACAUGAUGGCUUUGAUCCCCAAGCAGGGCCAUCACAGGUUGGUGAGUUUCCUCCGCCUGAUAAGAAAAGAACAGAAUCCACCCGCAAGACGGGAGGUGAACCAAAGAAUAAAAAGGUGGAUUCAAGAUUAUCCCCAAAGCGGGAGGAGCGGGAGGACUGCCCCAAGUUGGCCGCCCAAGCAAGUUCCAGAAGAAAGAGGAAAAUACCCAUUAUUUUCUCAGAGGAGGACAUCAAGGGAGUUCGUAUCCCUCAUGAUGACCCACUAGUAAUAACCAUUGUCAGAGCAAACUACAUCACACGUAGGGUGUUGAUAGAUAGCGGAAGUUCAGUUGACAUCCUCUACCUCCAUGCAUACGACCAACUAAAGGUUGGACGAGAAAGGUUAAGGCCUAUGACAUCCCCAUCAGUUGGAUUUGCAGGUACGCCAGUUUACCCGGCUGGUCAAAUAGCCUUGCCAAUCACUAUAGGGGGGGAGGGAAGUCAGAUCACACGAAUAGUAGAUUUCAUAGUAGUCGACUGUCCUUCAGCAUACAAUGCAAUAUUGGGGAGAACAACUUUGAAUAAAAUCGGGGCAAUAAUCUCCACAUAUCAUUUGAUGAUAAAGUUCCCAACAUCAGAGGGGGUUGCUUGUGUCAGAGGAGAUCAGAAGGCAGCACGGGAGUGUUACGUCACCUCACUCAGAAGAGCUAACAUCACCAUGAAUGUAGAGAGCCUCGACACACGAGAUGAGGAGAAACUCCAACAUGGAGAGCCUGUGGAAGAGCUCGUGGAAGAGCUUUUGGAACCAGGGCAACCAGGAAAGACAGUAAGGAUGGGAAUAUGA